AAACGGUUUGCCGGCCCACCUCUCCCUGAAAGUAAAUGGAAAAACACAGUCCCGUUUUAUUGGUCAGAGACAAAUGCGCAACUUGGAUGAAUGCAUUUAUCAUGGUCGCCAAUCUCCAACGCGUAAAAGGAAUUAUUUUCUCAAUCUCUUUGUGUUUUAUUGCCACUGUAGUGGUCGCGCAGUAUGACAACUACAACUUUAGACAUUUCCCACAAGAGGAGCUCAUGCCAAUCGAGUCUGCGUAUGCACAAGGCUUGGACAAUUAUGCCUCAGAAAAUUGGACGGACUGUAUCAAAUUCAUUGAAUUAAGUUUACGCCUGCAUCGACUUCUGAAAGACAGCGUGACAUACUGCAUACGAAACUGUAAUGCCAGUCAUGUACAGCUACAGGAGCCUGUCAUGGCAAGCAGCACCGGGGAUAUGCAGAUCUUCUGGCGCAUUUUGAUGCGAGCAUCAUGCCUGAAAAAGUGCAGGAUGCACUUCCCUGCGCUCUCGCUCCCUUACCCUAGAAAAGAGGUCAUGGAUGAUUUCGAUAAUAGGUCGCCCUACCGUUACAUGUACUUUGCUUAUGUCCAGACGGAUGACCUCCAGAAGGCGUUGGCGUCAGCCCACACCUAUCUACAGAGAAACCCAGAGGACCCGGUCAUGACACGGCACAUGAACCAAUACAAAAGAGAGUUUGACUUGGAGGGCGCGCUCAUUGACCAUGAGGAACACCCCUAUGAGGUUAGCUUCCUGAAAGCGGUCACCUUGUUCAACUCUGAGGACUUCAGCAGCAGUAUCAGUCACAUGGAGCAGGCCCUCAGCCAGUACCUCCAGCAGUACAGCCUGUGUCAGGCCAUGUGCCACGGGGCCUGCGACGCCGACCUCCCCCAAACUAAAGACCUGUACCCCACACUGGCAGAUGCCUAUGUUGACGCACUGAGAUGCGAGGUGAAGUGUGAGGAAAACCUAAUGCCAAAUGUUGGCGGCUACUUUGUGGAGAAAUUCAUCGCCACUAUGUAUCACUACCUGCAAUUUGCUUAUUAUAAGUUAAAUGAUGCCCGCAGUGCGGCCCCCUGUGCGUCCAGCUACGUGCUCUUUGACCCCGAGGACAAGGUCAUGAGGCAGAAUAUGUUAUACUACCAGUCUUACAGAGAGCAGUGGGGCCUGGAUGACCACAGCUUCACACCCAGAGUGGAAGCAUUGAGGUACUACAACCAUACCACCUUGCUGAAACAGAUGCUGGCAUUUGCAGAGAACUACUUGCAGUCUGAUGAGGACUUUUUGGGUCCAGAAGAAGCUGCCAUGGAGGACUCCUCUGAUGUUGAGUUUGAAGGGCUUGGAGACUAUCAGGAAUCAAUCCUGGCUAGAUGGUCACAACCCAAAGCUAAAGGGGACGUUGGUGAUUCCUAAGCGUUUGUUCUUGACUAAUGAUGAAUAAAAACAGAAAGACAA